CUCGGAGGGGCGCCGAGUGUGGGCGGGAUGUUCUGUGGGGGAUGUAGUUUACACGCAUGCUCGCCCUUCUUGCACGCACGUGUGUGAAUGUGUGUGCGUCUCUGCGUGUGAGGUCAGGAUCUUGCGGUGUUGCCUGACCCCCUCCCCGCUUUGAGAGAUGUGUGAGUGGUGUCUUGGGACCUGGCUGGGAUCCCGAGGGGUCUGGACUGCCAAUCUCAGGACUCCCGGGGAGGGUGAGGCAGGAGACGGGCACUGCGACACAGGUGGGAGGUGCGCUGACCCAAGGUGACCCCACGGAGGACAGCCCUCCCGGCCCCAGGACGCCGCCGGACUUGGGAGGGAGCUGCUCCGAGAAGAUGCGCCUCCGCUUGGAGCGUGAUUCCGCGUCUGCAGGCCGCCGCUGCCUCGGACGCUGGACCCGGAAACCUCAUAAAAACUUAUUCAGGGACCUUGUUAUCUGAAAAAAGAAGUCAGAACCCAACAGAACCCAGCCCACCCAAGCACCAAUAACAACCAGCAACUCGCAAACUUAUUUUUUUUAAACUUCCCUGAAGUUGCCAUGGUUACCCGCAUGCGCGGUCCCGCGUCUCUCCUCUAAGUGGAGCGGCGGGAGCAGGCCUCCACAACCCUCCAGCCGGCCUCGGCGGCGUGUCCGCCCUUAUGGAGAGCCGUUUGUGCUCCGGGGUGCAGGGAAAGAGCUGGGCCGGGGCAGAGAUUGUCCAGGACCGUGGAGUGUGGUAUUCUCGUGUCGCGUUUCUCAGAUCCUGGAGACAGAAUCUGUCUCCCACGCUAAAAUAAUUAUAGCCGGGAGAACAGAGAAUACAUCACUCCAGGUCCUUAACAGCCAGGAGGGUGUGUGUGUGUGCGUGUGUGCACUUCAGUCCCUGCCUGGCGCUGGCUUCUUUGAAAAGCACUUGCUUGUACCCGGCCGUGUGUGCAAGAGCAACGUUGCCUGAAGUGUCCUCACACCUGUUGGCUGGAUAGGGUGCGCCCAGGCCAUGCCAUCGGAUGGGGAAUUUCUGCUGGUGGGUUUUGGAGAGAAUGGAUAGGGAUGGUGGGAAAAUGAUGGAUCAAGGUGGGAGACAGAAGCCAGACCAAGAGGUCUUCUGGCCAGACUUCUCUCUACUCCUCAGAGACAGGCCCUCAGAGUGGGUAGGGGUGUCAUUCUGUUCUCCGUCAGGCUUUGGGGGGACCCCCGAGGUAUCCACGGUCCAGGCUCUGCCUGUGUGGCUCCGACACCAGCUAAAAAGGGAAGAGACCAGGCUGAGGGCCAGCUGUCUGCCCUGUUGCCACCUUCCUGGGGGUCUGACUGCGUUUCUCCCGUGGGGUGGAUGGUUUCUGUGUCGGGGGCCCUCAGGCCCAACGACUUGUGGGGUGUCUGCUCCCUGCUCUUCUUCUCCUCCCCCUGGAAGGCGGGAGCCGCCUGGGCUGUGUGGGGCUCAGCAAGUGAGAGUGGAUGCAGGGACUGGAAGUGGGCAGUCAAUUCGGGUGUUGGGGAUGGCAGUGACAGAGGAGGGCCCUGGCACUGGACCACGAGGCUGGGCGUUCGCAGGGGGACCUCAGGGCUCAUUUUCGGCUGGGACAGGGAUCUGGUUUCCUUCCCUAGUGCCUGGCCAGCCGAGAGCAGAAAACCCCUCUGCGACUCCGUCCGAGCGCCUCAUCUUCCCCUUCUCUCCCGGCCGGUCCCCGCUUGCUCGCUCCACGUGGUAAGCUGCAUUCCUUCCGCCUGACUGGCUGGUGGAGCCCCUCGCGGGACCUGGCUCCUAUCUUCACGCCAGUCUCACUUUUUCUGUUUCUGCGUGGGAGGUGAUCUCAACUCUGGCAUCUCCCCUUCGGCCAAUUCAUAAGCCUGUGGUUUGAGGGUUGAAAACCCAUUUCUGAGAGCCUGAAGCUGUUUCUGCUGACCCUGCUCUUCUCCAGCAGCCCUCCACCCCAAGAAGUUCCAGGAAGGACCCCUGAGGGGCCUCCGUGCUACAGCGAAACAGACCUCACCUGCCACUACCAGCGUUAAGUCAGAACCACUGGAGGAAGAGUCUGCCAGCAUUUCCCUGGAGCUGGUCUGCAGGCCCCUUCGGCUGGGAUCCUGCCCCAGGAGCUGCCUGUCUGCGCACAGAGAGCCCACAGUGCCUCGGGAAAAAUUGGCUGAAUAAAAGGGCAGUCAGGACGCCACGGCUCCGCCCGAAGCGAUGGCCCAGCCCUACCCCCCCACCCAGUACCCCCCUCCGCCACAGAAUGGCAUCCCCACCGAGUACGCCCCGCCCCCACCACACCCCACGCAGGACUACUCGGGCCAGACCCCGGUCCCCCCGGAGCACGGCAUGACCCUGUACACACCAGCACAGACCCACCCCGAGCAGCCAGGCACGGAGGCCAGCACACAGCCCAUUGCUGGGGCCCAGACAGUGCCGCAGACAGACGAGGCGGCACAGACGGACAGCCAGCCGCUCCACCCCUCCGACCCCACAGAGAAGCAGCAGCCCAAGCGGCUACACGUCUCCAACAUCCCCUUCCGGUUCAGGGACCCCGACCUGCGGCAAAUGUUCGGGCAAUUCGGAAAAAUUUUAGACGUGGAGAUCAUUUUUAACGAGCGGGGCUCCAAGGGUUUUGGGUUUGUAACUUUUGAAACUAGCUCAGAUGCUGACCGAGCCCGGGAGAAGCUGAAUGGGACGAUCGUAGAGGGACGGAAAAUUGAGGUCAAUAACGCCACGGCCCGAGUCAUGACCAAUAAGAAGACUGCCAACCCCUACACCAACGGCUGGAAGCUAAACCCCGUGGUAGGCGCAGUCUACGGGCCUGAGUUCUAUGCAGUGACCGGGUUCCCCUACCCCACCACAGGCACAGCCGUUGCCUACAGGGGCGCGCACCUACGGGGCCGGGGCCGGGCCGUGUAUAAUACGUUUCGGGCUGCGCCGCCCCCGCCCCCGAUCCCAACUUACGGCGCGGCACUGGAGCAAACGCUUGUUAAAAUGCCAGUCCCAUGGGCAGGGCUGGCACCCUGCCCCCUCCCUCCUCAGCAGACACCGGAGCCGGCCUACCCCACCUCUCCAGCGUUCCCACCACUUUCUUGUCCGUUUGCUUCCAGGGUCGUGUAUCAGGACGGCUUUUAUGGUGCUGAGAUUUAUGGAGGCUAUGCGGCCUACAGAUAUGCUCAGCCAGCAGCGGCGGCAGCAGCGGCAGCCUACAGCGACAGUUACGGCAGAGUCUACGCGGCUGCUGACCCCUAUCACCACACCAUCGGCCCUGCGGCGACCUACAGCAUUGGGACCAUGGCUAGCCUCUGCCGAGGAGGGUACAGCCGCUUCACCCCCUACUAGCAAGAGGCCCAGCCCCUAACAGCAUUCACUGACUGCCUAGUACACACCAAACCCAGCAGUCCAAAACCAGGCACAGCCACCAGGAGGACAGUGCGCCCCUCCCGGUCAGCGACACGCACCGCUGACCUCCGUCCAUAGGUUUUACGUCCAGCCAGCUGGUCUCCCCCCACGAUGGCGUGUGUGUCUCUCACCUUGGUUACCCCUGUAUGUCUGAAACCUUGGUUCCUAUUUUGACUUUGUUGACGUUGUGCCCCCCAAGCCAUUUCAGGUACGGUAUGCACAUAGCGGGAGGGGCGAGGCUGGGCAGGAGACCCCUCCCCGACAACUAGCAAUAGAGCUGCCAGGGCACCACCUCCUCCCCAUCCCCCGGGUCUACAGAGCCACAGAAGACCCCCAGCUGGCCUCCCCAGGAAGCCACCCCAGCCAGCCCGGGCCACAGCCCCCAUCUGUCACCUGGGGUUCAGGGAGCAAGGGGCUCCUGUCCACCCCAGUUGGUAGGUUCCCGGCCACGACAGUACUCCCUUCUGACCUUCACCUAGCUAGGCCUGGGAGCAGCUGCCUCUGCCCAGGCCUCCGCCCUCCUCGCCCCCAUCCAACUGAAACUAACAUUGCUGAUUAAAUUUUGUUGACGAUGUUUCCUGCCGAAGCAGUCACCAGUGUCUCAUGCGGGAGCCACACCAGCCCCAGGGGUCCCUUAGCCUGUGCUGUAAGAGAUGGAAGUGUAAGAAGAAAUCUCCAGGGCCCCAGGCUGCCCCAGAACGUGCUGCCCUGCAGUGCCUGAGGGCCCCUCCAGCCCCCUCCUGCCAGCAGUAGGCUUUCCCCUCCGGGCCGGCCAGCCUGGCCCUGUAUCUGCCCAGCUCUUCUCUCCCUUCCCAGCGCCGGGACCGUCUCUUUAUCAGGGUGCCUUUUAGAGGCGGGACAGCCUGCAUGGGAGAGUGGCUGGGGAGCAGGCGACGCCCGUGCUCAGGGCUCCCAGCUAGAGGCUCGGCGCUUAGCUCCGCAGCCCUGUGGUCGUGCUGCUCUGGCUGCACAGGGCUCUGGGAGGAGAAGCUGGCUGGGGCUUGCAGGUAGAGCUGAGACCACCCAGACAGGCCAGGGCCCUUGCCACGUGCCAGCCCCAGCCCCUCCGUUACAGGAAAGUGUCACAGCCAAGGAAGCCCCCUGGUCUAAGGUGCCGGAGCUGGGCCUGAGGGCCGGGCGGCCAGCUAGAGGUCGUGGGUUCCCCCUCAGCCAGGACGUGAUCCACGGCCCCAUUCUACCAGUGCAUCAGUCCCUUGCUGGUGGGGUGGGCAGAUCAGGCCCGGGGCACCAGGCCCCUCACCUCCCACUCCCCAGUGCACCGCCUUCUCAGCUGCCUCACUCCGGGCCCCACGUGGCCCGUGCUGCACCAUCCAUCCACCACGCCCUGACCUCGGCCCUCGUCCAGCCACGCCAGCCAGGCCCCUGCCCACUCAGCUCCUAGCAGAGUCCACAGGUGGCGUCCGCAGCCAGGUUCACUGUGGUUUCUCCAUUCCUGCUGCCCCUCGCUCUUCCCACCACCAGUCCAUCAGCUCUCUGCCCUGGAGGGCGGAGAUCCGCCUUAAAUUUAGCAGAAAACUGGGAAUGGGGGCUAGGACUUUAGGGCCCAGGUGCUCCCUCCCACCCUGCACUUUGCAGGUCGCGGGGUCCUGUCGCCCUCCCAACACGCCAGGCGGUUGCUUCGGUGAAACUGCAAGUCCCGCCUUUCUGU